AUGGAGAGAUUUAUCAAUACUCAACUUCACCCAGUUGAUGCGUGCAGCAUCUGCACUGAGCCCUUCAGCACUACGCACCAACCUGUAGCGCUCCCAUGCCAGCAUAUCUUCGGCCACAACUGCAUCAAGAAAUGGCUCACGAGCGGUCGGGGCAACACAAAUGCCUGUCCAACAUGUCGCCAUAUCUUAGUCCCCAAGCCCAACCCCCGCGGCUCCUUCAACGUAAACUCAAUAUGGCAAGAACUCUGCCACCAACCCAACGAGCGCCUGCAAGUCUUCAUGCAAAAACUCUGGUCAGGCCUUCAAACCCUCUGGAAAAACCACCCUAAAGGCACCUUUUCCGUAACCUCCAUCCUCAACCAAGCCAUCAUCCCCGCCCUCACGCACACCAUCCGCACCACGCACCCCUCCCCCGGCCAACCCCCAGACCCCAUCCUAGACUGCUACAACCUCAUCUCCGCAUCCUGGGACUCCCUAGGAAGGCCGGACAUCGCCACCGGACUCGCCAUCCCUCUCGUCCGCCUCGCCCGUCUCACUGCUAAUGCAGGCGCCGUCCUCCCCAAAUGGCUCACAACAAGCUCCCGCACAAACCGCCUUAUCUGGCGCGCAAACGCUUGCCUUCCCCUCAACUCCGACCACAUCUCCUGGGACUUCAUCAUGCAAGCCGCCGCACCCGCUUCCGUCCGCUACUUCGAACUGCUGCAUCUCUACACCGUGCUGAUUAGCCAGGGCAUCGCGCAUUUCCCCGUCCCACAGCCGUAUCCGACGCGGAGACACGAAGUCGUGAAUUUAGUAGUCGAGCGGUGCUGUAGUAAGAUUGGUGGGGGAGGGUGUGCAUGGAGGGGGAGGCCGAGUAGUGAGUUUAAGGAUACGUUGGGAGGGGUUUAUGAGGAGUUGAGGCGGUGGCAAGGGGAGAAGGGGAGAAUGAGUUUGAGGGGGAACUAUGAGGAGGAGGGGGUUGUGAGGGGGGUUUGGGCGCUGGCUGCAUGGAGUAAGGAGAGGGUGAGAUUGUGA